AUGGUUCUUAAAUCAACUUCGGCCAGCGAUGUUUCGGUCUACCAGGUAUCCGGUACCAAUUUCUCGAGGUCUCUCCCGGAUUGGAUUGCCAAGAAGCGCAAAAGAUCGUUGAAAAAUGACCUGGAGUAUCAGAAUCGUGUUGAGCUUAUCCAAGAUUUCGAGUUCAGUGAGGCAUCUAACAAGAUCAAAUGUUCUCCUGAUGGACAGUAUGCUAUGGCUACAGGUACUUACAAGCCCCAAAUUCAUGUAUACGACUUUGCCAACCUGUCGCUAAAGUUCGACCGUCACACAGAUGCCGAGAACGUGGACUUCCUCAUUCUGUCAGACGACUGGACCAAAAGUGUACAUUUGCAAAACGAUAGAAGCAUACAAUUUCAAAAUAAAGGUGGGCUUUAUUACACAACGAGAAUCCCCAAGUUCGGUAGAAGCUUGGCGUAUAACAAGGUGAACUGUGACCUUUACGUGGGCGCCAGCGGCGAUGAGUUGUACAGGCUUAACUUGGAACAGGGCAGAUUUUUGAACCCCUUCAAGCUGGAAACGGAGGGUGUCAAUCACGUUUCGAUCAGCGAUGCCAACGGGCUGAUCGCCGUAGGAAUGGAGGAGAACGCCGUAGAGUUUUGGGAUUCCCGUGCCAGAUCGCGGGUGGCCAAGCUUCACUUGGAAAAUAGGUUUGAUACUGCGCCCUUCCAAGUGACCGCGACGAGUUUUAGAAACGAUGGCCUGAAUUUUGCAUGUGGUACUUCUAACGGGUACUCGUAUUUGUAUGAUCUGCGUACGUCGCAACCCACCAUCGUGAAGGACCAAGGUUACGGCUUUGAAAUCAAAAAAAUCAUAUGGAUGGACAACACAGGCGCAGAAAACAACUCUAACAAGAUCCUGACUUGCGAUAAGAGGAUUGCAAAACUAUGGGACAGAAACAGUGGUAAGGCAUACGCUUCUAUGGAGCCCAGCGUCGAUAUCAAUGAUAUCGAACACGUUCCUGGUACAGGCAUGUUUUUCACCGCUAAUGAAGGUAUUCCAAUGCAUACAUAUUAUAUCCCAAACUUGGGCCCUGCACCAAGAUGGUGUUCAUUCUUAGAUUCCAUCACGGAAGAGCUCGAAGAGAAGCCCAGCGACACGGUGUACUCCAACUACAGAUUUAUCACCCGAGAGGACGUCAAGAAACUCAAUCUUGCACACUUGGUUGGCUCGAAAGUGCUGCGUUCGUACAUGCACGGUUUCUUCAUCAAUACCGAGUUGUAUGAUAAGGUAUCUCUAAUCGCGAACCCUAACUCUUACAAAGACGAAAGAGAAAGGGAAAUUAGACGUCGUAUCGAGAAGGAGAGAGAAUCUCGUAUUAGAGCUUCAGGUGCAGUUCAAAAACCAAAAGUCAAGAUUAACAAAGACUUGGUCGACAAAUUGUCCCAGAAGCGUGGUGAUAAGGUCGCUGAUAAGGUUCUUGCUGAUGACCGUUUCAAAGAGAUGUUUGAAGAUGAAGAUUUCCAAGUGGACGAGGGCGAUUACGAUUACAAACAAUUGAACCCUGUCAAAUCUGCCAGAGAAACGGAAGAAGGUGCUGCUAAGCGUAUCAGAGCGCUAACCGCAGCAGAAGAAUCUGACGAGGAAAGAAUUGCUGCCAAGGAGGGGCGCAACGCAUAUUCUGAUUCCGAAUCUGAAAGCGAAUCUGAUGACUCUCAAAAUUCCAGCAACGAAACGUCACACAACGACGAACUUUCGGAAAAGGAAAAAAGAGCUAUCGCUAAGCAAGUUGCCGCAGUCCAACGUAGAAAGCGUGAAAAGGAGAAAGCAGAAAAAUUCAUGAGUGAAAUGAGUGUCGGUGUCGAUGACCUAAACGCCCAGGAUGCCAAAUCCGUUUCCUUCGACAAACAGGUCUCUAGAAUGCGCAAAGAAGAGAAACAAAAGAAGUCUGACGGUUCGGUACUGCAUCGUAACCAUCGCGGUGAAGCGGAAUUGACAUUUGUUCCAGCCAAGAAGCAAUCGAAAAAGAAAAAGGUCUCAUUCGACAAUGACGACGACGAUGACGACGACGAUGAAGGCGAAAAGCCUGAUCGCGGCAUCACAAAAGCCAGAUAUGAAGGAAGAAGAAGGGCUAGUAAAAACGUCUUCCGUGGCAUGUAG